AUGAACGAGCUAAGAUCGGACCCUCGUAUCGCCGGGAGCAUCCUUCGUCUUCACUUCCACGACUGCUUUGUUAAUGGUUGUGAUGCGUCAAUCUUGUUAGACAACACGACAUCAUUUCAGACAGAGAAAGAUGCGCUUGGAAAUGCAAAUUCAGCUCGGGGAUUUCCCGUGAUUGACAGAAUGAAAGCCGCGGUAGAGAGGGCAUGCCCAAGAACCGUUUCGUGCGCAGAUAUGCUCACCAUUGCAGCUCAACAAUCUGUCACUUUGGCAGGAGGUCCUUCUUGGAAGGUUUCUUUGGGGAGAAGAGACAGCUUACAAGCAUUUCUAAAUCUCGCUAAUGCAAAUCUCCCAGCUCCAUUCUUCACACUUCCAGAGCUUAAAGCCAACUUCAAAAAAGUUGGCCUCGAUCGUCCUUCUGAUCUUGUUGCUCUCUCCGGGGCUCACACAUUUGGUAAAAAUCAAUGUCGAUUUAUUAUGGACCGAUUAUACAACUUUAGCAACACCGGAUUACCUGACCCUACACUCAACACGACUUACCUACAAACUCUUCGUGGACAAUGUCCUCGCAAUGGUAAUCAGAGUGUCUUAGUGGAUUUCGAUCUGCGUACGCCUUUAGUUUUCGACAACAAAUACUAUGUGAAUCUCAAAGAGCAAAAAGGUCUUAUCCAAAGCGAUCAAGAGUUGUUCUCUAGCCCCAAUGCCACAGACACGAUCCCCUUGGUGAGAUCAUUUGCUGAUGGCACAGAAAAAUUCUUUGAUGCGUUUGUGGAGGCAAUGAAUAGGAUGGGAAACAUUACACCUACUACAGGAUCUCAAGGACAAAUCAGGUUGAAUUGUAGAGUGGUGAACUCCAACUCUCUACUCCAUGAUGUGGUGGAGAUAGUUGACUUUGUAAGCUCUAUGUGA